AAGUUGCUCCUCUUGCUGAAGCAAUUCUCUUCCUUCUCUCUUCCUCUGCACGGAUGGAGUUCCAAAUCAUCGGCAAUCCAGAAUCCUCCUUCCUUUCCUGUGGUCCCACGACUUGAUUUGGGAAGCCUUGUUGGGUCUGAUGAAGAGGAUUCUUAAAAAAUAUAUUCCACUUAGUACAGUGCAUAUUCAUUUUGACCCACCAAAAUUACCUUCUGCUCUUGAUUGGGUCACACCAUGUCAAAUACCAUAUACUCAGCAUCACCUAAAUGAACUGGAGCAGGACAUUAUACCUGAAGAUUUGCCAGCAACAACAGGAAAUUAUAAACAAAAAUAUCAGCAGUACAAACCUGAAAUGGAAGAGGGAUAUAAAGAGUAUAGUCAGAGGAAUGCAGAAAAGACAAAAUCAAAUACCACACCUCAACCGUCUCCAAGAAACAAGAUAGAGGACAAGUGUGCACAAGGGGAAGGAGUGUUCACAGGUGACCUUACCACUCUGGAUCGGGAGGCCCUCUUACAGCAGCGCUACGCAGACAGUCCUUACUGCGCGCAGCAGCGGGGGAGAAAAUCUGACGCCGAGAUUGUGGCUGCUGAGAAGAAGAAACAGACCGUUGAGGAGCAAGUGAUGAGAGACCACCUGUCCAGGGCUGUAAUCAGUGAUCCAGAACAAAAUUUAUCCACUGAGAAACAGGAAAGUGCUUUUAUCCUUCCAGAUGCAAACAUAGCACCUCUUCGACUUAGGAAAAGAACACUACAUGAAACAAAGGUAAGGACGCAUUCUACAUUAACUGAAAAUAUGCUUUCUCAUAAAGUUCAAUUUGAUGGUAGGAUCAUAUCAAGAAAUGGACGUGAUGCUUGCAGAGAGCUGGUUGGGUUUUUUUUUAUUCAUGACCAGUCCCUUACAAUUUAUGAAUAUCGGCAAUUUGGGAAAAAUAGAACAAAUGUGCUUCCUUUUAUUCAAAAAAACAUUUAUAGUCAUCAGCGUGGAUGAAGAAAAGGAAAACAAUACCAACUUGGUGAUUUUUAUACUGGUGCAAACUUGACAUUUUUAAGCUCUGAUCAUCACACACUUCCAGAAAGCAUAAAAGAAAGCACAUUACUUAUACUUCGAAUCACAAAUAUUGAUCAGAUAGCUUUCGAUUCAUUCAGGACUGAUUCUGUGGAACAUGAGGAUGAUACAACCAGUCAAGAAGCCAGUGAUAGGCUGGUCUUUAAAGCCAUUCAAGAUGAGCUAAAAAAACAGCUACAUAAGAAAGGUGUUCGUAUUUUGACUGGUUUGGGAAAAUACUUUCAACAAUUGGACAAAGAAGGAAAUGGACUUUUAGAUAAAUCAGAUUUUAAGCAAGCUCUAAAAGUAUUUCACUUACAAGUGUCUGAAAAGGAUUUUGAGUCUUUAUGGCUGAUUCUGAAUGACAGUGGCAAUGGCAAGGUUGAUUAUGGAGAAUUCAAACGUGCCAUUAUUGGUGAAAUGAACGAAUACAGGAAAUCAUUUGUUCGAAAGGCCUUUAUGAAACUGGAUUUCAACAAAACUGGAAGUGUGCCUAUUAUGGACAUAAGAAAAUGUUACUGUGCAAAGAAGCAUCCUGAAGUGAUUUCAGGUCAUUCCACAGAGGAAGAAAUCAAAUUAUCUUUUCUAGAAACACUAAAAGGCACCUGCAGCAAGUCUGAUGAAGUGUCAUAUGGGGAAUUUGAAGAUUACUACGAAGGUCUGAGUAUAGGAGUGGUAGAGGAUGAGGACUUUGUUUCUAUCUUACGUGCUCCAUGGGGGAUUUAGUUUUUUAAAAUUAGCCCUAAGCAUUUUAAAGGAGAGAUGAAUUUAAUGCAAAGUAUGAGCAACCAUUAGAAUAUAUUUGUCUAGAGCUCUACUCUGUUUUUUUCCCCCCUCAAAAAAGUUGAGUCUGGAAAGAGAAAUAUUCGGAAAGGAGUAUAUAGGGGUAUGUAUAUAUUUAUGUGCAAGUAUGAGUACUUGCCUGUCUAUAAGUUUGAACUUAUCUUUAUUUUUUAUUUAUUACUUACUUUGAAUAUAUUUCAGAGCUAUUUUUAUUAACCUUCAUAGGAAAGUAACAUUUGUAUCAGAUUAUAUGAAAUCAUUUAUUGUAGUAACCAAGUUUCCUUCCAUUUUUUUCUAUUCAUUUCCCAAAAUAAAAUUGCUACCAUUCUCAAUUU